AUGUCUCAAGAGCCCACGACUAACGGUGUUGCCCCCCCGGCCUCUACAAAGAUGAGCAAUCUCGCACUGAACGAGUACAACACCCCGACACCGGCUCACGACCAGGAGAAGCACACGGGUCUGAAGCCCGACUGGGGUAUUCCGGAAUCUUUCAUUCUCCCCAAUGGAUACCCUGAUUACCUGCGACUGAUCCUGACGUCCCGCGUUUACGAUGUGAUCACCGAGACCCCUCUUCACCACGCCGUGAACCUGAGUAACCGCAUGGAAUGCCGUGUCCUCCUCAAGCGCGAGGAUUUACUCCCCGUGUUCAGCUUCAAGCUUCGUGGAGCGUACAACAAGAUGGCUCAUUUGACCGAUGAGCAGCGGUGGAAGGGUGUGAUUGCGUGCUCCGCAGGAAACCACGCGCAGGGAGUCGCCUUUUCGGCCCGCAAACUCAAGAUCCCCGCCACCAUUGUCAUGCCCUCGGGCACGCCCGCCAUCAAACAUCUGAACGUUGCCCGUCUCGGCGGUAGUGUCGUCCUCCACGGCGACGACUUCGACGCCGCAAAGGAAGAGGCGCGCCGUCGCGAGGUACAGCACGGACUCACGAGCAUCCCUCCCUUCGACGACCCCUAUGUCAUCGCCGGCCAAGGAACCAUCGGUAUGGAGAUUUUGCGCCAGGCAAACUUGCAGAAGCUGGAGGCCGUCUUCUGUGCUGUAGGUGGGGGUGGAUUGAUCGCAGGCAUUGGUGUAUACAUGAAGCGCAUUGCGCCACACGUGAAGAUCGUCGGCGUGGAAGCCCACGACGCCAAUGCCAUGGCUCAGUCCCUGGGCCAAGGGUCACGCGUGUUCCUGAGCGAGGUGGGACUCUUCGCCGAUGGCGCGGCGGUGAAGAGCGUUGGUGAGGAACCUUUCCGGCUGGCCCGUGAAGUGGUGGAUGAAAUUAUCCAGGUUUCCACCGACGAGACAUGCGCCGCGAUCAAGGACGCGUUUGAAGACACCCGCUCCAUUAUUGAGCCUGCGGGCGCUCUUGCGCUGGCUGGUCUCAAGAAAUACGUCGCGUUGCAUCCUAGCCCCGACACCAGCCGCGAGCUGAUUGCCAUCACUUCUGGUGCCAACAUGGACUUUGACCGCCUGCGUUUCGUUGCCGAGCGUGCUGCUCUGGGCGAGCGGAAGGAGGCGCUCUUGAGCGUCAACAUCCCGGAGAAGCCCGGUUCUUUUGCCAAGCUCGUCGAGGUUAUCCUUCCUCACGCAGUGACCGCCUUCAGCUACCGCUAUGCGCGGAACGAGUCCGCCGAUGUUCUGAUGGGUAUCUCUCUGUCCGCAUUGACGGGCCGGGAGGAUUUGGCCAAGAUCAUGAGCGAACUGAACAAGGAUGGGAUGACUACGAGGGAUCUGAGCAAUGAUGAACUGGCCAAGAGACACCUUCGGUUCUUGGUCGGUGGACGCUGCGACGUCGAGGAUGAACGUCUGUUCAUGUUCGAGUUCCCCGAGCGCCCGGGUGCUUUGGCCAAGUUCCUGACGACACUCCGACCCAACCAAAACAUCUCCCUAUUCCACUACCGAAACUACGGCGGAGACGUCGGCAAGGUGCUGGCCGGCAUUCAAUGCCCUAGUCCUGAGAAGGCCGAACUGGAGGCUUUCCUGAAGGACUUGGGCUAUCCGUUCAGCGAGCACACUGACUCGCCUACAUAUCACACAUUCCUCCGUUCUUAG